GCCGUCACGGGCUUCUGGUGGAGUGGGAAGCGGCACAGUUGGGGCCCGACAACCCUGGAGAGCGAGUUCCGACACCGCAAGUUUGGGUCGGCACGGUCAGUGGAGCCUAAUAAAAGAGACCUUCUAAUCUCCUGUCAGGAUAAAUAUUCGGCCGGAAACCCUUAUCACAACGAAUCUCUUUUCGAUUUUUCGCUAUUGGCCUUUCGCUUAACGCUUAUCGCUUUCCGUUUUUCGCUUUUUCCUCUUUUGCUCUCCUCCUUCCUCUCUCUUCGGACGCAGCUUGUAUUUACUGUCGUAACAGCUUUGCCCUCUGAUCUGCUCUAUGGGACCUUAGUCCUCCACCCGACCGCCAAGCCUAUCAAAGAACUCUUCAGGAACGACUGA